ACGCGGAGAACCGACUGCAGGCAGAGGAGUUUCCCGGAGCGGCAGCGGGUUGCGGAGCCCAGCGCCUGUUGGACUGGGGACGGCCAGUCCCGGGCCGGCCGCGGAGAGCGUAGCGUGAAGGUAGCUCUACAGGCUGCGUUAAGCGGGUUUGGGCGCCCCCAGCCCCUCGCCAAAUCCGGCACGGGUGAAGAAUCGCCGGGCUUUCCGAUGACAACCCGAAGCAUAAAAAAUGACGACGGCAGCUAGGCCAACUUUUGAACCUGCAAGAGGUGGGAGAGGAAAAGGAGAAGGUGAUUUGAGCCAACUCUCCAAGCAAUAUUCAAGUAGAGACCUACCCUCUCAUACGAAGAUAAAAUAUAGACAGACUACUCAGGAUGCCCCCGAAGAGGUUCGGAACCGCGACUUCAGGAGAGAGUUGGAAGAGAGAGAGAGAGCUGCUGCAAGAGAAAAAAAUAGAGAUCGGCCGACCCGAGAACAUACAACCUCCUCCUCGGUGUCAAAGAAGCCUCGGUUAGACCAGAUUCCUGCCGCCAACCUCGACGCAGAUGACCCUCUAACAGAUGAGGAGGAUGAAGAUGAAGAUUUUGAAGAGGAGAGUGAUGAUGAUGAUACCGCAGCUCUUCUUGCAGAGCUGGAAAAAAUCAAGAAAGAGCGAGCUGAAGAGCAGGCCAGGAAGGAACAAGAACAGAAGGCUGAAGAAGAAAGGAUUCGUAUGGAAAACAUUCUGAGUGGAAACCCUCUCCUUAACCUCACUGGCCCAUCCCAGCCUCAGUCCAACUUCAAAGUUAAAAGAAGGUGGGAUGAUGACGUUGUUUUCAAGAACUGUGCAAAAGGUGUAGAUGAUCAGAAGAAAGACAAGAGAUUUGUAAAUGAUACGCUGCGAUCUGAAUUUCACAAAAAGUUCAUGGAGAAAUAUAUUAAAUAGUACAGUUUUAUGUGCUUAAUUAAAGGCUGUAAAAUGUAAACCAUCUGACUUUAUUUCGGUAGGUUUGUUUUUCGCCCCCUGCCUCCCAAUCUAAAUUGUGUAAAUCUAACUUCCCUAAUUUUAAGUUCCAAAAUGUCUUUUCCUUUACCGAUUCCUUAUUCAGUGAAGACUUGGGAAUUGGUUUCACCCAGUUUUCAUCUCUGAAUAUUUCCAGUCAUGUCAUUUCUUUUGAAUAUGGGAAAGGGAAUCUGCUUGUAAUAAAUAUUUUUAAUAAUCUAAAUAGCCAAAUCUGUGUCCCAACUUUUUGUUGAAAUGUAUGCAGCUUAUAAAACGUUGCGUAUUUUCUUUUGUGUAUUGCAUUUUUUGCGAAUUAACCUUUCCUCCUCAUUUUUCUAACUUUGAUUUAAAGUCAGUUAAUUCAUGGUUUCUUUUCUGUGUCUUGAAGAGUGUGGUGAAAGAUUAAAGGGAUUCCAAGUUGGACCAACAUGUUGCUAUGGAAGAGUGUGGUCAAGCAGGAAGUACCCCGAGUGUGUGUGUCUGAGGGAGCGUGGGUACCUCUCACUUCUGCAGAUGCUCCUUUCUUGUCUCUCAGCCCAGGAGCUCCUUAAGCAUGCCAAGAAAGCUUGUGCCGAUCACCUGUGUUCUAGAUACUCACCUGGCAUGUUUCUCUUAAAUGACAUAGAGUUGCAUACUGGCACUCAUUCGCUGCAAAGCCUAAGAGAGUUUAACUUGAAACAAUACAUGAAAUAAAACCUUUGGAAAUAGGA